AUGUUAUGUAUCAUUGCUAUGAGUAAUGCCUUGUUCUGCUUUGUUGAACUCAAUCUUCAGCAUGUAAGUUUUUUAUGUUACAGUAUGUUAUGUUUUUGAAGCAAUAGUACAGUAGGGUUUGUUUUGUUGAAGGUAUGUUAUAGUAAUCUUUCUUUUUAAUUUUAAAAUACGGUAACUUUUGACUGGCUGAAGUUAUGUUACUGUAGACUUUGUUUCUCAAUAUUUUGUUACAGUAAUCUGUAUUUUUAAAUGUAAAAUACGGUGAGGCAUAGUUUUCAACUAUUAUGUCACGGUAACUCAUAUUUCUUUAAAACUAAGCUACAGUUCACAUUUUGUUCAAAAAUAAGUCACAGUAACAAAAGUAUACAGUAUAGCAACCCAUAUUUUUAGAUAAUGCACAUGAUGGACCAAGUAUUAGUGAUGUCAUCAAUGAGCACAGAAGCCAUGUUACAACCAAAAUACUAUCAAUAUACGUUCUUCUUAACCAUGUUUUUACUAACUAAUUUUGUCACUUUUCUACCGACCACUUUCAGCUAUCGAUAUCAACUGGUCAAAGAGUAGGUUUUAUAUUUUUUGAUAAAGUAUUUAUUAUUUUUAAAUUGUAAAAUACGAAGGUUUCAACAAUAGGUUUGAAUUUUGUAAAGGUUAUCGACCCCAAAAAAAUAAAAAAAUUUUACCCUGCCCAUAUCUAAAAAAAUUAAAAUUUUUUUUCUUUUUGACUUCUACAAAAAAAUCAUUUUUUAAUUUUUUUACUCCCCCCCCUCCACUUAUCAAAAAAAUUAACACGCCCGAAUUUUUUUUUAUUUUUAUAAAAAAGAAAGCAUAGUCAAGAAGCCCCUUCCUAUUAAAACUUUAAAUUUUUAGUCCAAUAAACUCCCGAACGUGGGGUUUCUUCAUAAAACAAGUUAGUCCGGCCUUGCUGUCUUCUGCUUUAUGUGGUUACCUCUGUGCCAAAGCUAUAAUAUGUCCAACGGAAGCUGAAGCCGAGCAUAUUAUAUCACUUAUACCGCCAGAAAUGAGGGUCGCUCAACAUUUACAAAUUGUUUAUAUUGUGGAUUUUGUAAGUUUUUUUUAAUUUUUUUAUGUUACAGUAGGUAAGAUUUUUUUUUAAAGUUACAGUAAGCCGGACAAAAUAUAGACUUAUUAAUUAUUACGUAUUUUACAACACCAACCCUUUAUAAUGACCUUUACAAGCAAAAUACUAAUACAUUUCUAAAAUUUUAAAAAAACUUAAGAAUGCAAAAACUUUGUUUCCAGAACCAAUUCAAUUCCAAAAUGUCAAUUUGGGCUUUAUGGGUCGUGUGCUUAAUUUCCACCCUAACUACUAUUGCUUAUUGGAUUGAAUCUCACCACCGUGUGGUGCAAAACCGGCUGGCAAGUGGCAAAACCUUGAAGAUUAACACUCAGUUUAGGAUUGGCGUAAUUGCUCAGGAAAGGCUAUAUCUACCCUACCCUACCCUACCCUACCCUACCCUACCCUACCCUACCCUACCCUACCCUACCCUACCCUACCCUACCCUACCCUACCCCUACCCUACCCUACCCUACCCUACCCUACCCUACCCUACCCUACCCUACCCUACCCUACCCUACCCUACCCUACCCUACCCUACCCCUACCCUACCCCUACCCUACCCUACCCUACCCUACCCUACCCUACCCUACCCUACCCUACCUUACCCUACCCUACCCUACCCUACUCUACCCUGCCCUACCUUACCCUACCCUACCCUACCCUACCCUACCCUACCCUACCCUACCCUACCCUACCCUACCCUACCCUACCCUACCCUACCCUACCUUACCCUACCCUACCCUACUCUACCCUGCCCUACCCUACCCUACCCCUACCCUACCCUACCCUACCCUACCCUACCCUGCCCUACCCUACCCUACCCUACCCCUACCCUACCCUACCCCUACCCCUACCCUACCCCUACCCUACCCUACCCUACCCUACCCUACCCUACCCUACCCUACCCUACCCUACCCUACCCUACCCUACCCUACCCUACCCUACCUUACCCUACCCUACCCUACCCUACUCUACCCUGCCCUACCCUACCCUACCCUACCCUACCCUACCCUACCCCUGCCCUACCCUACCCUACCCUACCCUACCCUACCCUACCCCUACCCUACCCUACCCUACCCUACCCUACCCCUACCCUACCCUACUCUACCCUACCCUACCCCUACCCUACCCUACCCCUACCCCUACCCUACCCUACCCUACCUUACCCUACCCUACCCUACCCUACUCUACCCUACUCUACCCUGCCCUACCCUGCCCUACCCUACCCCUACCCUACCCUACCCUACCCUGCCCUACCUUACCCUACCCCUACCCUACCCUACCCUACUCCCUACCCUACCCUACCCUACCCUACCCUACCCUACCCUACCCUACUCUACCCUACCCUACCCUACCCUACCCUACCCUGCCCUACCCUACCCUACCAUACCCUACCCUACCCUAUCCUACAGUACACCUUUUACUAUAAUAUCCCUACUUACAGGCAGUAUCAACAAUAACCCUAGUAAACAUCCCCCUACUAGUGCUCUCAACCUUUCUGUUACUUCAAGUGAACAAAGGUAUUACAAGUGUAUAUUCCUUCAACUCCUCAUGGGCAUCUACUACUAGUGCCGCUUUCAUACUGUAUUAUGUUGAGGCUUAUAAAAACUGGGUGAUACGAUUAGUCAAGAAACAACCUUUGAAGCAUCAAACCACAAUAUUACCGGUCAAUAACAUGAACAACAGCAUGGUACGAAGUAUAUAAUUUUGGUGUUAUUGUAAGCUUCAUUGAUGUUAAGCUUUCUUGUUGUAAGCAAUAAACUAAAAACUCAAAAUUUCAAAAAAAAAUUUUAUUUUUUAAAUUUUCAAGUUUUUUUUUGUUUUUUUACAUUACUAUCGCUUUUUUUCAUUUUGUUGUUAAAAAUGGCUUUUCUAUGUAAACUGAUACCUAAUACAAGUAUGUUCUUUUUUCAGUUAGUGCCUAUUUUUGUAACUCCUUCAAUGAAAGACGUCAUACCGGUCGAAAAGACAGAUGAAGAAAUGGUGGAAGGCUAA